GAUUCUUUUUUGCUGAGAAAUAGGCGGUACUUCCUGUGUUCGUCGCGUGUUUACUUUUUUUUCAGAGAGACAAAUAUUAUCGUCCUCUGAGAAGGUCUUGCAUCAUGCCAGACCUCUUAGUGAUUAAGAGAUGCUUCCUGAGUUGCUUAUUACUACUGCUUCAGACAUCGAGCUCACAGCAGGACGAGCAAAGCCAGCUGCUACUGGUGUCCUUUGAUGGCUUCCGCUGGGACUAUGUGAAUCGAGUACCCACACCCAAUUUCCAUGCCCUGAUGGAUGAGGGUGUGCAGGUGGAACGAGUGGAGAACACCUACAUCACCAAGACCUACCCAAACCACUAUACCUUAGUGACAGGAUUACAUGCCGAAACCCACGGCAUUGUUGCUAACGAAAUGUACGACCCCAUUCACAACCAUUCCUUUUCUAUGGAGGGACCUGAGGUGUACGAUGCAUGGUGGUGGGAGGAGGCUGUGCCGUUGUGGGUCACCAAUCAGAAGGCUGGACGGAAGAGCGGAGCUGCUAUGUGGCCUGGAUCAGAUGUAGCGAUUGGUGGAACGUAUCCAACACAUUAUUUGAGAUAUAAUGCGUCAAUGCCGUUUGAGACCCGAGUCGAGAAACUCAUUAACUGGUUCUCAGGGCCAGAGGCCAUCAGUUUUGGUGUCUUGUACUGGGAGGAGCCAGAUGAGAGUGGGCAUAAUUUAGGGCCAGAGAACCCACUAAUGGACUUAAUCAUAGCAGACAUCGAUGAGAAGUUGGGAUUCCUCAGGGGAAAGCUCAAAACCGCUGGUCUUUAUGACAAAGUUAAUCUCAUUGUUACGAGUGAUCAUGGAAUGACACAGUUAUCACAUGAUAAGAUUAUUGAGCUGGACACCUACGUCAGCCGUGAUCUUUACACAUGGAUAGACAAGAGCCCUGUAGUUGGCAUUUUGCCGAAAGAUGGCAAACUUGAAGAGGUCUACAAUUCGUUGAAGAACGCCAACCCUAACAUGGUUGUGUAUAAAAAGGAGGAGAUCCCAGAUCAUUUCCACUACAGACACAAUGUCAGGAUCAUGCCUCUGAUCAUUGAGGUCAAAGAGGGCUGGACGGUCAUGCAGAACAGAAACGGAUCUUUUAUGUUGGGAAACCAUGGUUAUGACAACAGACUUCCCAGCAUGCACCCUGUGUUUGUCGCCCGUGGACCCACUUUCCGCCGCGACUACACCAAGGCCUCCAUGCGCUCCGUCGAUCUCUAUCCUCUCAUGUGCAGCAUUCUUGAUCUCAAGCCCUUACCUAACAAUGGCUCUUUGUCAAGCGUGCAGGAUCUUUUAGUGAAUACAUCAACACCAAAGCCAGUGGUCCCACCCGUGCCCAGAAAGCCUUCCUACGCGUGGGCCGUGGGAUCCGUCCUCGGCGCUGCCCUCGUGAUCGGGUUCCUCUUCAUCUUUGUGCAGCAGGUGACACAGCGGCAGCAUCUGCCACUGCAUCUGUCCGACAGUGAGAUGACACAGCCUUUACUGUAGGGUCAAACACAAGGGUUGUCGGGACUUUUUUCAUUUGAGGUUCUCCGAGUAUGUAGCACUGAUUAUUUCUCCAGUGCCAAUUCUGAUAACCCUUUUUAAGCAGCUAGCAUGGUCGCUUGAAUCCAAAAGCGAUCGAUAUCCACGGUAACGUGCCAAAGCCCAAUAUACCAAAAGCAAUAUGGGGAAAGAUGCUGCAGUGGAAAAAGUUUGUGCAAUCAUCAAAAUCAUAACUAAGCCAAUAGUGCC